AUGUCCGACAAGUCUGUUGUUCUUAUCACCGGUGCUGCUGGCUGGCUCGGAGGUCUUCUCGCCCAUGCGCUCCUUGAAGAUCCAAAGACACCCAACUGCCAUCUCAUCCUCGCCGACAUUGUAGAACCCCGAGCUCCCGAGGGUGCCAAAGCUGUUACCAUCAAAGCCGACUUGACGGACAAGUCGCAGAUCGAUGCGUUGUUCAAAACGGAGUUUGGCGUACCCGAUACCGUGUAUGCGUUGCAUGGAAUCAUGAGCAGAGGCUCGGAGGAUAAUUUUGAAUUGGGACUGAAGGUCAACAUCGAUUCUAUCAGGAUGUUGCUCGAUGCCACGAGGCAUAACGGCUCGUCGCUCGCCGACCCGAUCAAGUUCAUAUUCACCUCCUCGCUUGCCGUAUAUGGUGGUCCGCUUCCUGACGUGGUUACGCCACAAACAAUCGCCACACCAGAAGGUGCCUACGGCAUGGGCAAACUCACCUCUGAGCUCCUCGUGAAUGAAUAUACUCGCCGUGGUUUCAUCGAUGGCCGUAUUAUGCGUUUACCAACCAUCGUCGUUCGCCCUGGCGUCCCUUCCGCCGCGACCUCUGCCUUCAUUUCCGGUAUCAUCCGUGAGCCCUUGAAGGGUCAGGAAUCCCUCUGCCCGAUUGGCGAUUCUCUCGACUCUCCCGAACUCACAGCCCUCUCCGCCUGGCUCGCCUCCCCAACCACCACGAUCAAAAACUUCGUCCACGCAAAACACGUCCCCUCAUCCUCUUUCUACCCCCACACUCGCGUUGUCUGUCUCCCAGGCUUCACCGCAUCCGUCAAGGACGAACUCGAUGCGUUGUUGAAGGUUGCUGGUCAAGAGGCACUAGACAGGGUAAAGUUCAAAGACGACGAAACGAAUCGGAGGAUCGUGAGUUCAUGGCCGGCGAAGUUCGAUAAUACGUAUCCGCUGUCCCUUGGGUUUAGCGUGGAUGAGGGAGGCAUGGAGGAGGUAGUGAGGCAGUUCCAGAAGGACGUGGCAGCGGGACUUGCAUGAACUUGUGGAUCGAGUGUGUGAUACGCUCACUGGCUGUACUUAUAUCCUGUGUAUCCUCUGUUUAUGGAUGUGUUUGGCUCGUUUCAAC